UAGGUCUUGGACUUUUUCAUUCUAACGAAUUCUCAAAGUUUAGAAUUUUUCUCCUUUAAUCCAGUCACUGCAAUUCGUUAACUUUCUACAAAUUUUUUACUCAAACAAAAAAAGAAAUCCGACUUAAAAAAAGUAAAGAAAUAUAGAAAAUGAUUCCCGAGGCAAACAUUGAACUGUUGGAAGCCGAUUUAGUGCCGCCGUUCAUGGAGGAGAACGGUUUUAUAGUUCCUGUGGAGGAGAGCAAUCUUAUGGGUCCCAUGACGCUGGCUCAAGUGUAUGAGUACUUGGACAACGCCACCAAUGACGAUCUCGAAGAAUACUUCUCUAUGGAAGAGCUGGUCACUGACGAGGACACUCAAGAUGAAUACGACUAUAUCGAGGAGCUCGAUACCGACGAGGAAGAUCCCUUGGAGGAUGAGUUCCAUUUUUCAUUUAUCGACUGGCUGUUGAUGCUUUACAACGCCAUUUUCCAAUAAAGAAAAACUGAUCAAGAA